UCUUUUUCCUGAAGUGUUAAUUUGCUUGAGCAUCUCACCGCAAUCGUAUCACUUAGAGACGUUUCUACGCCAUGAUUUUCCAGUAUUUCAUUUUGAAUGCUAUUCUCGCUUCACUUACGAUAGCAUCAGUGGACCAUCAAGCGCCGGUUUUUACGUAUUGCCCAAAGUGCAUCACAAUGAAAGAAAUCACAGAGCCUGAGACCCGCGUUCACUGGUCUGCACCUACAGCAACUGACGAUUCUGGUGUGAAGCCCUACAUACAUUGCAACAAGCAAAAUGGAGACAUAUUCAGUGUUCCCAGUACAACUGAAGUUGUUUGUACGGCGAGAGAUUCCGCUGGUAAUAGAGCCACUUGUAGCUUCAGGAUCACUCUAAAACGAAAGGAGUGCCCCAUGUUCGAUCCUCCUCAAAACGGAGCUCUGGCGUGCAACAAGAUUGGUGUAGAAUAUCUUUGCGCUGCGAUGUGCCAAAAUGACUUCGACUUCACUUUCAACCCCCCUUUACUGUACUUCUGUUCAAGUGGCCAAUGGAAUUUUUUUGGAAUCGGCUUACCGUACAGCACACAACUUCCAUGGCCUAAUUGCUCAAGGACAGCAAAUCCAUCCAUAUUGAAGUUAAAUAAUCUCUCUGGUUAUUUCUUUGAUGGUGACAUCAACGAUCCCAAUGUCCUGCAAAGCGUUAAACUAAAUUUCAUGAAUUUGGCAACCGAGCCCUACAUCCCUCCGUUUUUUUGUAAACAGAUACCGGACAAGUGCAACGUUAAAACAAUUGAGGUGUAUCAUAAAUAGGGCCGCUCAAAGCUCACAAGAAAACUUGGGUAAUUUCAAGAACACGACCUCAUGUUCAUGUUCAAUAAAGAUAAAACUUAUGUCAAAUGGAGAAUCUGUACUUUAUUUACAUAUAUGAUAUCAGUCGUCCAGUCUAAAAGAGAG